CGAAGGUUGGCUGGAGAGACGUCGCAACAAAGGUAGAACCAAUUCUUCUAUGACUGGGUCUGUAACAGCAGGAGGCUCCACAAAUAUAACCACUGGACAACAACCCAAAGCCAAUGUGGCACACGCAGGAGACAUUGGUACUGAUCUCAGUGACAUACGUUUGAGCGGACCGAGCCUCGAUGACCAAGAUUGGUGUGGGUGAGCAGUUAGGGGGGCUCUUUUACUUGGCAAUGGGGGAACCAGUUCGUAUCAAUAAAGCAGCGUCUCUUGAUUCCAGGAGUUUGUGGCAUGCCCGGCUUGGACAUCCCUCACCGCAAGUAAUGGAUCUAUUGCCUCAAAUUAGUGAUCAGUUACAACAUGAUCAACAUUCUGCACCAUGUGAUAUUUGUCAUCGUGCUAAACAAACUCGUUCUAAUUUUUCAUUAAGUACUAGUAGAGCCGAUGAUGUUUUUGAUUUGAUUCAUUGUGAUAUUUGGGGACCUUACAGUGCAAAUCG